CUUCAUACUUACCACUGUUACUCUGACUCCAUACUACUGUUAGCUUCAUACUUACCAUUGUUACCCUGUCUCCAUACUACUGUUAGCUUCAUACUUACCACUAUUACUCUGACUCCAUACUACCGUAAGCUUCAUACUUACCACUGCUACUCUGACUCCAUACUACUGUUAGCUCCACACUUAUCACAGUUACCCUGA